AUGUGUACGUCGAUUGCUAGCAAAUGGCAAAAUAAGUACAGAAAAAAACAGAGGUUGUUUAUAAUUGCCUUUGCUUUGGUGGCCGUAACAUCCGCUGCUUCGAUAUCAAAUGAAUAUCUUGCGCCAGUCGCAGAUAACAAUUUACCAAAUCAAGAAUAUUUACCACCUACUGAGGAAGAACAAUCAAAGCUGGCUGAUGAUGGAUAUCGUUAUAAAGUUGUACGAAAACUAAGACUUAGACACCGUCGUGAUGUUAGUGAACUACCUGCCAAUGAUUAUUUACCACCCACCGAAGAAGCGCAAGACGCACCAGUUGCAGUUGAAACUCCAGUUGAAGACACCGUAAAGGCUGAAGAUGGUUAUCGUUAUAAAGUAGUACGUCGUUUGAAAUAUCGUCAUCGUCGCGAUGUCAACGAACUACCAGCUAAUGAUUAUUUACCACCUACCGAAGAAGCACAGGACGCACCACUUGUAGAAGAAGCUCCAGUUGAAGACACAGUUAAAGGUGUUGAUGGUUAUCGCUACAAGGUAGUACGUCGUUUGAAAUACCGUCAUCGUCGCGAUGUUAAUGAACUCCCUGCUAAUGACUAUUUACCACCCACCGAAGGAGCGCAAGAUGCACCAAUUGCAAUUGAAGCUCCAGUUGAAGACACAUUUAAAGCUGAUGAUGGUUAUCGUUACAAAGUCGUACGUCGUUUAAGAUAUCGUCAUCGUCGCGAUGUCAACGAACUACCAGCUAAUGAUUAUUUACCACCUACCGAAGAAUCACAAGACGUACCAGUUGUAGAUGAAGCUCCAGUUGAAGAUACUGUUAAAGCUGCCGAUGGUUAUCGUUACAAAGUCGUACGUCGUUUGAAAUACCGUCAUCGUCGUGAUGUUAAUGAGCUCCCUGCUAAUGAUUAUUUACCACCCACCGAAGAAGCACAAGAAGCACCAGUUGCAGUCGAAGCUCCAGUUGAAGAUACAAUAAAAGCUGAUGAUGGUUAUCGUUACAAAGUUGUACGUCGUUUGAAAUAUCGUCAUCGUCGCGAUGUCAACGAACUACCAGCUAAUGAUUAUUUACCACCUACCGAAGAAUCACAAGAUGCACCAGUUGUAGAUGAAGCUCCAGUUGAAGAUACUGUUAAAGCAGCCGAUGGUUAUCGUUACAAAGUCGUUCGCCGUUUGAAAUACCGUCAUCGCCGCGAUGUCAAUGAACUUCCUGCUAAUGAUUAUUUACCACCUACAGAAGAAUCACAGGACGCACCAGUUGUAGAUGAAGCUCCAGUUGAAGAUACUGUUAAAGCAGCUGAUGGUUAUCGUUACAAGGUAGUACGUCGGUUGAAAUAUCGUCAUCGUCGUGAUGUCAAUGAACUUCCAGCCAAUGAUUAUUUACCACCAACAAUAGAAGCACAAGACCAAGAAGUUGCUGUACAGAAUCCCGAAGAGACUGCAGUUUUAGCUAAAGAUGGCUAUCGGUAUAAAACUCUUCGUCGUUUAAAAUAUCGUCGUCAUUGAAGCAUAGGAAAUUUAAUACUCAAACAAAUCUCAUAGUUUAAAUACAAUAUAAAACGAAAAUAUAGUAUAC